AUGUGGCGGUGUUGUGGCCGAUUGCACGUUGUUUUGCUGCGGAGGCGGUGGGCCUUGAUUGUUUCACCGACAGGCGUUGCAGUGCGGCUGCAUGGCGCACCGACAGCCCCGCCGUGCGAGUGCCACGCCCAACGCCAUUGGGACUGCGGGACGAAACAGCCGCGUGUGUCCUUUGGAGCCAGCGGCACCUGCUGGCCGCAGUUGGGCGGUGCGAGUGGGAUGCUUCACCGCACGGGUGUUGUGAUGGCACCUCGAAGCGGCAUCCCCGGCGAUGGUUCCGACGCUGCAACUCGCAGAGGAGUGGAGGAAACGCGGCAACCACAGUGGACCUUCAGCAGCAGCGUAAAGGACAUUCUGCUGGGUGGAGACACUCUCAGCACCGACAUGAAGCUGAACGAUUUUCUUCGGAAUUAUGUUGGCGGCAGGGCGGCCGUUGGUGAAGACCACAACGUGACGAUGCAGGUGUUUCUUCAGGAGCCGGAUGCUUACGUACAAAACCAGCGGCUUCUUAGAAUUAUUUUUAAUUUAACAGAGUACCAAGAGCUGAAAAUACUAUUGGAGGCUAUCAAUAAACUUCAUCACGAGGGUGUUGUCUCGCUUGAAGAAUGGAGGGACUAUGAAGGAAAGGAUACAAUCACUCCUUUUCCAAAGGCAAAACUAAACAGAGUUCUCACUAAGGUACAGACAGAAGAAAGGCUAAUAAGAGCACAAGAAAUGAAUUUUACCAUUUCCACUACGAUCGAAGAAGUACUGUUUAAAGGAGGAGUCCGCGUCAAGGAAAAGAAGCUGAAUGAUUUUCUUACGAUGGAAUUGGGCGGCAGGGGCGUUGUGGACACCAAUCGGAGUGUCUUACUGAAGGAGUUUUUCAAGGAUCCCAAGAAGUAUAUCCGUGUUAAAGGAGUAUUGAAAGAAAUACAGGCAACAGAUGCUUAUGCGAGGAUGGAGAGGGCUGUGAGGGGUGAAAUGGAUAUGGAAGAAGAUAUAAAGAAGCUUUACAAAAAUGGCGUGCGCACUCUACUGAAAUGGUCAGAAGCUGCUGCAGAGGUAAAAGCAAGUGUUCAUGACAUCACUAACGAGUUUUUGGAUGCAGCCCUUGAGGAGGUGAGGAACCGAAUGACGACGAUUGCAGCGGAGAAAAUGGAGGGAUUCUACGAGUCUGUGUACAAUGCGAGGUGGAGCCAUGUGGUGGAAUUUCCUGACAGCAAGAAAAAGAAAAAGGGGAUGGGAAUGGAGGUGCAUGAGGGGAAACCGAAACAGUCAUGGACGUACAAGAAAGUUGGCGACACCCUCGAAAGGAAUGACGGUGUGCAGAAAUCCGGUGCAGCGCGUCCCAGACUGAUGGUGCUCACCUCGGACAAGGGAUGGCCGUACACGUGGAAUACGAUACAGGAUCUUCCUAUGGACGUUUUUGUAAACUGUGAGGUGGAUCGAGUGUGGCAGAUCGUCAAUCGCGAUCUAACCAAGUGGUUCAGCAAUUUUCAUUUGACUCUCAAUUCUUCACCCGUGCGGCGUGUGUUGAUUGGGACGCCCGGGAUUGGGAAGUCGAUGGCUGCCAGCUCGUACCUCCUCUACCAGCUGCUGCAAUGCGAUAUCAAGAAACUCCAAGUGGUUGUCCACUGUUUUGGUGGACGUGAUGCUUACGUGUUUGACAAGACCACCAAAAUCGUGACAAGAUACAGCGAUGAGGACAUGUGCAUCUCGGAGUUGAGAAGUUUGAGGAAGCGUGGGAUGAAAGGGUAUAUUAUCUACGAUGUGGCAAAGAAAGGAACGCCGCCACUGAGACAUUUUGCGCCCUCUACUGGAUGGGGCAUGAUUGUGGUGUCAUCGCCAAAGGUAACCAACUAUGAUGAGUGGGAGAAGCAAACAAAAGCCAGUCGAAUCAUCAUGAAUUGCCCCGACGAGAUGGAUGUGAAGGCGAUGUGUGCAUGGAUGAAGCGAGGUGUGAAACCAGAUAAACAAGCGGAAUACUGGAAGGUGGUUAAAGAACACAUGGAAAAAGUGGGGCCGAUUCCACGUCACAUCUUUGAUGAGAAUGAAUAUGGAAAACGCACGCAAGAUGUUAUGAGGGCCUUGGAAUGGAUCAAUAUUGGGGAUCAAGGAAAGUACUUUACACAGGGAGGAGAGAAAAAUUGGUAUUCCGAGGAUCCGUCUCACAAACUUGUGAAGAUUGUUCGAGUAAGAAAAGAUGGCCCAUUUGAGGACUUCACUAAUGCACCUAUAUGUACUUAUCUUGGGGUUUUAACAGUAUCUCGUUUGGCAAAGGUGCUGAGUCCGCAUGAUAUUCUUUUCCUCGUAUUGGGGAUGAAUAAUGUUCUUCAAUCUGAAGCUUUGGAAAGGUAUGCUUUGAGCGUAUUCUUGCGUGUGGAGUUUGUCACUUCCAUAGUGAAGGAUCUCAAGGAGCUGAAGCCACCAUCAGUUUCCGAACCACGGUCCUCGGUGCUAACGUUAAACCCUCAUGGUUACCCCACCGACGUAGCUGCAAUAACUGAACUGAAUUUCAUUGAUCGCCCGCAAGAAUUAAAUUAUCGGGUGCUGUACAUACCGACGAUCCCAACCUUUCCGCUGGUGGACGGCUUUUUUUUUUUGAAGUCACCGCGGAAGACGCUGGUUGGGCUGCGGAUGACGACGGCGAGUGCGCAUCACACUACCGCCAGCACCGUGCGGCAGUUCACUGAGCACCUGGCGGUUUUUUUUAAAGGUUGGAACAAAUUGUCCCGAGACAUGUCGUGGGAUAUUAUUUAUAUACAACACGCAGACAGCAAGCCGAUGAAAAAAUGGCAGAGAUGUGAUUACGUCAAUCCCAGGAAUAAAACCAACGCGGAAAAAAAGAUUGUGGCGUUCUGGGACGGAAAGGUACACCAAUACCAGGUUAUGUUAAAAGGUAAAUUUCCUGAGGAAUUCAAAUUUUCUCAUGAUGGUCUACCUGAGGGGGAUGAAAAAGGCAAGAAAAUUGAAAAAAAAAAAUAG